AUGUCUCAUAGAAAGACUAAAUUCAACCGUGAUUGGAUAACAUCAUAUCCCUGGUUGAAUGCCGUACCAAAAGACAAUUUCAGUGGCUACUGUAAAUUAUGCAAAAAAAUAUUCUCAAUCGGCGGAAAAGGCAUCGCUUGUGUACAAGAACAUGCCAAGGGUGAAAACCAUAAAAAAAAUGAACGAGCUGUGGCCACUUCACACUCUUUACAUCGGUUUUUUGCUCGGCCAAGAGAAAUACCAGAGAUUUCUCAAACUGAACACAGCGAAGAAAAUGAAAUUGAAAAUGUGAGUGAUAGUGAUUUAGAUCAUUCUUCUGAUGUCAAUAAAGUUUUACCACCUGAGUGUUCUGAAAUUAACGAGCCAGCAUCUGCAUGCAGUGCAGAAACUGAAAAUCAAUCUGCUUCAACAAGCGGCUGUUCUGGUGAUGAUGAUUUCCCAGAAUUUGAUAUUGGAAAAUAUCUUGGAAAGUCCACUUCCAUGACAAGACCACAAAAAUUAGAUAUUUUGAAAAAAUGUUGGUCUCCUCCGAAGAGCUAUGACUUCAGUAAAGAUGUUGCUGAACGUCGAAUUUACUCACAAAGAAAGUUUAUUCAUGAUUGGCUCACAACCUAUGCACCUUGGCUUACCUAUUCAAAAAAAUUGAAAGGUGCCUUAUGCCUAUAUUGUGUAUUGUUUCCCCCAACUGUGGUACAAGGCGUUUUGGGAUCAUUCAUUGUGACGCCAUUUACGCGAUAUAAAAACAUGCAUGAGGAGUGUAAAAACCAUGCACAAAGUAAAUGGCAUAAGCAAGCAACUACAUCAGCUAACAGUUUUCUGAAUGUUUUACCUGUAAACGUUGUAGCUAUAUCUGGACAUCAAAGUUUAAUUGAAAACAAUCGGAAAAUUUUGUCUUCAAUUAUUUCAACAAUUAUAUUCUGCGGUACACACGACUUGCCAUUAAGAGGAAAAGAAUCACAAACUGGCGUUUUUCACGACUUAAUUAAAUUCAAAAUUGAUGCCGGAGAUGAAAUUCUUAAAAAACAUAUAGAAGAAGGCAAAAAAAAUGCUUCGUAUCUAUCGGUACAAAUACAAAACGAAAUUGUCGAUUUAUUGGGGCGUACUAUUCAAGAAAUUUUAAUUGAAGAUGUUAAAAAAUCUCCAGUAUAUAGUAUAAUGGCAGACGAAACUGCCGAUAUGUCUGGUAAGGAGCAGCUAUCUAUUGGUGUUAGAUUUUUUGAUGAACAUAAAAUGAUAGUUCGUGAAGAAUGUCUUGGUUUCAUUGAAUUAAAUGCCAUGGAUGCUAAAACAAUCGCUAAUUUCAUUGAUAAUUUCAUACAAAACCAUGGUCUGGAUCCGAUGAAAUGUGUGGGGCAAGGCUAUGAUGGCUGUUCCACAAUGUCUGGCGAUAACGCAGGAGUGCAAAAAAUUCUGAAACAAAAAUAUCCAAAGGCUUUGUAUUUUCAUUGUGCCAGCCAUAAAAUUAAUCUUGUUGUCAAUGAUUCAAGCUCUGUUCCUGAAAUCCGCAAUACUAUAUCAACGGUCAAGGAGAUUAUAAAUUUUUUCAGAGAAUCUGUUUUGCGUCGUAAAUAUGCUCCAAAUAUUCCGACUUUCUGUGAGACCCGUUGGUCGCAAAAAUACCAGAGCAUUUCUAUUUUUAAAAAACAUUUCGAAAUGCUUGUUACCGGAUUGGACACACUAGCAAAAGAAGGAAACCGCGAAACACGAACGAGAGCCUUCCAGCUACAUUGUUCCGCUACAAAACCAAUAUUUAUUAUUUGUGUUUUUAUAAUUGCGAAAUAUUCUGCUAUGAUUGAACCCAUUGUAAAUGCGCUACAAUCUAAAAAUCUGGAUCUUUUCUCAUGCUCGAUGCAUAUAAAAACUAUUUUAAGUGUUUUGAAUGACCAUAGGACAAAUGUAGAUUCUGGUAUCAAAGAUCUUUUGGACAGUACUGAAAAAUUCGCCAAUAAUAUCGGUGUGGAACUUUGUAUACCCAGAGUUACAACUCGACAAGUACAUCGAUCAAACCAACCCUCAUCGAGUCCCUCUGAUUAUUGGAAAAUAUCUCUAUUAAUACCAUACCUCGAUUCACUUAUAGCGAAUAUAAAAUACCGUUUUCCAGAAGAAAAUAUUCCGGCAUUCUCACUGUUAAGCCUACAUCCAUCCAACAUGCUCAAAAUGACUAACGAUGAAAUGAUCUCAAGUAUAAAUAAUUUUGCUGAAUUCUACAGAGUAGAGAAUGUGGAGAAUGAAAUAGAGUUGUGGCGUACAAUGUGGGAAGAAAAAAAGCUGACCAGUGAAAAACUCGAAAAAUUAGAAUUGUGCGAUGUUAUUCGAGAAGCAAACACUUUUUUUUCCUACGAUUAA